UGUGGAUGCCAGAUAUAAUCAUUGAAGAGAUGAUAGAAAAGGACAAAUCCUCUCCAAGUCCCUACCUUAAGAUCAAGUUUCACGGCUUUACUGAAUAUAGGAACGACCAGGUGGUGGUCAGCACCUGCAGGUUGACCGUUUAUAAAUUCCCCUUCGACACUCAGAGCUGCAACAUCUCCUUCAAGUCUGUCUUGCACUCUGAUAAAGAAAUAGAGUUAUAUUUCAUCGAAAACAAUACAGCGAUCUCAGAGAUGUCUCGUCGGGCGAUGCGGACGCAGUACGAGUGGCUGUUUGUCAACAUUAUAUCCAGCAACAAAACACAAGAGGCGUUUGGUUUUAACCAAACCAUUAUUGUUUAUACUUUAGCUGUCGACGGGGAAUCCUCUGAGAAAGUUUGCAGUUAUCAGGAUGUUUUAAACUACCUUAACUUGACCAGCAACAACGAGCUGUUCUCCAUGACGCGUCCUGUCAAAGACCACAAGCAGUCCACAGAAGUGUCCCUGGAACUUCUGCUGUAUGCAAUUCUAGAUGUGAAGGAGAUCGACCAGACGUUUGUCCCUUAUGUCUGGAUUCUCAUGAAAUGGCAGAAUGAUUACAUUAGCUGGGAUCCACGUGACUUUUGUGGCAUCACAAAUGUUUCUCUACCUACUCAAGUCCUGUGGAAGCCAGACCUCACAAUUGAAGAGAUGAUAGAAAAGGACAAAGCCCCUCCAAGUCCUCUACUCACUAUCGACUACAACGGCACAGUGUUUGUUCAGAACGACCAGGUGCUGGUGAGCACCUGCAGGAUGCACGUCUACAAAUUCCCCUUUGACACUCAGAGCUGCACCCUGUCCUUCAAAUCUGUCGUUCACUCCGUCACAGAAUUAAGACUUGUUCACCACUGGAGCUCUUCAGAAACAACGGAGUGGUCACGCGAGUUGAUGCGGACUCAGUACGAGUGGCUGUUCUUAAACAUGAAGGUCACCAACAAAUCUGUGACUAUGUUUGGCGCCGAACAAGACAUGAUCGUUUACACUAUCUCCAUGAAGAGGAGGUCCCUCCUCUACGUUAUCAACUUCUUGCUGCCUGUCUUCUUCUUCUUGUGUCUGGACUUGGCCUCCUUCCUGAUCUCGGACAAAGGCGGCGAGAAGCUCAGCUUCAAGGUGACGGUGCUGCUCGCCGUCACAGUGAUGCAGCUUAUUCUCAAUGAAAUCCUGCCUUCCUCGUCAAACAGGAUCCCUCUCAUAGUGGUCUACUGCAUUGGGAUUUUUGGUAUGAUGCUGCUCAGCCUCCUGGAGACAAUCGUUGUGGUGUACCUGAUGGAGAAAGACUCUGCAUCCCAGAACAAUGAGACAGACAGAGGCCAAAGCCUGAACAAAGUCUGUGGAGGCCAACGGGGCAAAUCCAGCUUCUCCUGCUGUGAAGGAGAGGAGAAGAAAUGGACUCCCUGUGGUUGCAUCUGCGAUGCGUCUGCUGAUGAAACAACACCAGCUGAACUGCUAAAGGAGAGAAGCAGCCAGCUGACCGAGGAGCCAAAUGCUUUUGAAAAGGUCUCAGAUGAGCUGAAGGAUGUGGUGAAAACACUGAUUCUGCUCCUCAGCAGCAGGAAGGAGGAAGAGAAGCCCGGCUACUGGACCAGAAAGACGGAAACCAUCAACAAAGCUUACUUCAUAUUCUAUAUCACGGCUGCCAGCCUGUUUUUACUCUUCAUGUUCUUCAACUGGAAUCAUGCAUAA